CACCUCUGUAUUGCCACUUUUACUGGUUAAUAAAAAUUUUCUCCAUUUUACACUUUCUUCUUGAUAGAGCGUAAAUGGUGAGUUUGACAUUGGUUUCUGAUGUUACUCUGAACUCUGAAGAAUAUAUGGCUAUUCUAAGCUGGUUUCCCGGCGGCGUUCCGAGAUUCUCCAGUGAUGAUUUUUUGGUUCCAGAAGGUGGAUUUUGGGUUAUAAGCGAGGCGGAGGGAUUUCGUAGACGUCUGCACCAUUCACGAGGAAACCAAAGGCUGAAACUAAAGGCAAGUACCUAUGCAGAUGUUGAAGGCCUUCCUUCCUGGUGGAGGAUUGUCAGAUCGAAGUCGUCUCCCUCCUUCCUUAGAAGAUCCAUUCUAACAUUUUAAUUAUAUAGUCUGCAAUUCUCGUGAACAUUGAGGUCAUGAGGUCCAUCUGAUUUUCAGGUAUAGCUAGUCUUUAACUCACCAAAUGCAUGUUCUCGUUGUAGAUAUAAGUGGAACUUCUCAGGGAUUUGCUUGGCUCUUAAUUUACCAGAAUCAUAGAAUCCAUGGCUUGUAUUUUCUUAAGAUUCUUGUUACCUUUUUGAACUAUAACAUAGUUGUUUCAGAAUAGUCUUUUAUAGCUUCAAUUGAAGUAGACUUUUUUAGAUGAAUUUAGCAUGCUAGUAAACCUUCACUGAAUUUACAACAAAACAUUAGACUAUUAUGUUCUAUCUUUUUGCUGUUUGUGUGAUUUGCUGAAUGAGGUUACGACAUUAUGAUCAUCAAGAGGAUGCUCCCAAGCCUGGACAACCAGGACAAACCCCUCGUCCUGCUGGUCCUGGAGCCAGCGUCUACGAUGGUAUCUUUGAUUCGUCUCUUUGCUGUUUCUUUUGUAUCGUUAUUGUUAGAUGUAGAUACUACAUAACAUCAAAAGUUUGGCAAUUUGUGGAUAUGUUCAGGGAAUUUUAGAAUAUUAAGAUUACAGUCACAUUGAAUUUGGUCUUGUGUGGAUUCGUAGGGUACACAUUGCCAUUUAGAGACAAUAACACUUUCAUGUAUUUGGUUUAUUCGUAUAACUGCGUUUGGUAAUACAAGAUGUUGGCUCUGUCCAUCUUCCGGUUGCACCAGAUGUAACAUGAUGAGAAGGCUGAAGAUGAAACAUUAAUUCGCUGCAUCACUCAAAUCUUCGAGGUUAUGUGUAUCUGUGUCGAUACUGUUUGUUUUCUUGGUGAUUAUCAAGAACUGACUUUUGUUUUGGAUGGAGUCACAUUUUUGGUUUUGAGUUAGGAUUUUUUUUAAAUAUACUUAAGAAUCCUAUGUUGGGGUUCUCCAAUACAGAUGAUUUAAACAGGCUAAUUUAUCUAAGCAUUACAAUCUUUUUCGGA